AUGCUAAAAUUUGCUUUGCAGUUCUACCUCUUCAAAACUGCCACCCAUCCUUGUUUUCCGUCCUAUACACAAUGCGUGUCUCGAAAUCUUGUCAACGAGAUCUCCACAGGGGUCGUUUUCUAUUUUUCAAUUCUUAAUAUUGUUCAAGUGUAUUUCUUUCCACUGGUUGUCACUGUCGUCUGUUAUUCCUUGAUCCUCUGGAAGAUCUCCGAGGAAUCGGCGACAAAGAAGAAAGGAAAGAGUGAGUCUUCUCCUGGAAGUUUCUCUUUAUAG